AUGCGGCUUUUCCAACGCGUCGUAACGUUAUCGGCUCUCCCCCCAGAUUCCCUCCCCCUCACCUCCCCCUCACCUCCCCCUCACCUCCCCAUCACCUCCCCCUCACCUCCCCCUCACCUCCCCCUCACCUCCCCCUCACCUCCGCCUCACCUUCCCCUCACCUCCCCCUCACCUCCCCCUCACCUCCCCCUCACCUCCCCCUCACCUCCCCCUCACCUCGUUCCUCCCAAUUCCCUCCCCUUCACCUCUCCCCGUCUCUCCUCCCCCUCUCGCGCCCCCCCCGACCUCCGCUCCCCAGCCCCCCAGGGUACUAUUUCCGUGUGGGAACGGGGGCAAGAGCAUGUGGCACAUCUACCUGCCGCACGGGGGGUGGUGCCGCAACGCCAACGAACCAUCCCCUCCCCGGGUUUCAACGGCAUUCUCAGCAGCAACAGCAGCAUCAACCCGCCUUUCUACAACUAG